AUGCCCCGUGGCCGGCACCAUCGGCAGGGCCCUUGCAAACCCACCCAGGCAGUUGCCAGUUACGCCAGUGCCCAUCCUUGGCAGCAGACAGACUGGGCUUCCUCUGAGGUGGGGCGCAUCCCCCUUGUGGACCCCUGGAUCUAGCGGCCCUGCUGUGGGGACCCUGUGUGCAUGCACACAACCAUGGAGCAGAAGAGCACAGCUAGUGGCACUCCCAGUGAUAAGCCCACCGAAAGGUGUCCUUCGGCUGGGCACAUGCCCAGCCCCCAGCCCCUCAGGGUGGACUUCCACUGGGUGCCAGGCUCGGACCUGGGCACCUUUGACUGCUCCGCUUGACUGCUGGACCACUUUUUGGCCCAGCUGGGCAAUUAUUUGUCUUUCCGCUUCGAGCACUACCAGCACUACCAGGACAACUGCAUCUAUGAGAUCCUCCAAUGCCUCAGAGGCCACGCCUGGGCGUGGGCAGCCCCCUACCUCAACAGGGACCUGCCCCUGCCUGACGAUUACAAGCUCUUUUGCUAGGAUCUCAAGGAAGUUAUUCAGGACCCGAACAAUUUCACUGAGCACCGUGCCACAGUGCCCUGCCUGCUGCCCCUGGCCUCAAGCCAGUCACCAGUGGCCCCGCAGCUGCCUGUGGUAAGGCAGUACCUGGCUUGGUUCUCGGAGGCCCUGGCACUCAACAUGGGCAGCCCCCAUAGGCCUGCUCCAGCCACCCCUGCAGUUUCUAGGUCCAGCUCUACAUCCAGAAAUGCUCUACCCAGGCAGCAGCUCACCAAGGAGAGCACCCCUGGGCCUCAGGACCCUGCCCUGCCCAGUCGUACGUGCAGCUCACAUCUUGGGCCUGUGGAGCCAGCUUUCUUUCGGCCAGAGGAGGCAGCCCCCAAACGUCCUACCCUUUCAGGCUCUGCUAACCCCCCUGCUCAGAGACGACCAGCUUGCCCAGGGGGUCCAAAGCCCCAGAAAAUAGAAGAGAAGAUUUAAGACCAGGAGGUGUCCUUAGACCCAUGGGAGGUGGUGGAUGCCCCAGUGGCCCCAAGAGAGCCACCAUUUUCUCUUGUUUCCCACCUGGCAUCCCUGGGUUCUGAACAAGGCCCAAGCAGUGCCCCCCGUGGUGAAGUGGCCUGUGUGGGCAGAGAGCCCUGUGGUCUCUAGUCAAAGCA